CUUGUAUAUUUCGAGUUGUUUCCCUCUUGUCCUCUCUCUUUCUCUUUCUUCUGUACGACUAUUACAGUUUUCGCACAAGUUACUUUUCUCACUCCUUUACUCCAAAACACGAUAGACGAGCGGCAGCUUUGAAAGAAGCCCUGGGGUCUCGAUCUACAUUCAUUCAUUCAUACACUUGUGCUAUUCACUCCCUUGUCCGAACCAGACCAGUUCUUUCGUAGUAACAUACUCGGAAAACAAAGACACUCAAAUCACUCUUUACAUAACUACUCGAGACUCGAACAACAAAAUCCAAACCAACAACACCUUCCAGUUACACAAACAAACCUCACCAACACCAACCAACACCAUGCAACUCACCACCCUCCUUACCCUAACCCCCCUCCUCCUCGCCCUCCCCACCCUCGCCGCCCCCCUCCCCACCGCCUUGGCGCAACUCCUCUCCAUCGCCCCAACAUCAUCCACCUGCGCCUCGGCCCCAUUCCCAGAUGAAUGCCGCACCGCCGAACAAGCCGGCCCCUUCCUAAUCUCCUCCAUGGCCUCCAACGCCGUCUACUCCCCCCCCGAGCUCGCCGCCCUCCUGGCUCUCAUCGCCUUCGAAUCCGGCGAAUUCAAAUUCAGCCAUAACCACUUCCCCGGCCGUCCCGGUCAAGGGACGCGGAACAUGCAGAUGCCCAACUUUAACUUGGCUUACGCGCUGAGUCUCGACAAGACGAAAGACGCUGCUGCGGCGAUAGCGGCGGGGAGACAGGCGGAUGCGCUGAGUGAUGCGGAGAAAGAUCAGAUACUGGCGCUGGUGGAGGGGGAUGAGUUUGGGUGGGGGAGUGUGGCGUGGUUCUAUAAUACGGAGUGUGGACCGGAUGUGCAUGCUGCUGUGAAGGCGGGGGGGAAGGCGGGGUGGGUGAGUUAUUUGGGCUGUGUGGGUGUUGCGGAGUCGGCGGAGAGGGAUGCGUAUUGGGAGAGGGCGACGGCGGCUUUUGGGUUGUAGGGAGGUGGCGGCUGGUCCGCAAGUAGACGAGAAGUAGGGAGGUGAGAGAUGGGAGUGACAGGAUGUUUUGUUGUAUAUAUACCUUUCAUACAGUACGCGAUUUAUCUAUGAACGAUUCGUCGUUCGUUUAUCAUUAUA